UAACAUUAACACAAAUUCAUCAUCAAAGAGACUUUUAUUCAUUUCUUCAUGUAAUUUCUCUCUUUCUAAGGCCUUUGAAUUGUACGUUUAUGAUAUCCACAUUAAAGUUUGCUUUUACUUCUUCUUUGAAUGGUGGCCCAUUGAGUAGCAACUAAGGAAAGUAAAAAGUUAUGCAACAUAUCAAAAGUGUCAUUUCCUUCAGCCACAGAUGUCUUGAGCAGUUAUUUCCCAAUUAAACUGGAACUCGCUGUAAAGAUAGACUUGAAACUACAUGAUUACAUUUGUGAAUUUAAAUCUCUGGAUGAAUUCAUGUUGGCUGUAUUCAUCUAAAAUAAAAACAUGUUUAAAAAAGAGAAAUAUUGCGAGGGGCUGUAGCUUUCUGUGUAAUUUACAGGUCACUGGAUUAUAUUUAAUCUGGAAUCAGAGGAUGUUGCCUUCCUUGUGAAGUUUGAUAUAUUUCACUAGUAACUGUGAUUUAAAAGAAAAUCUGAUGAUCAUUUGAUACUACAGAUGAAGGCUAUCACUUGUGGGUUGUCGCUUAUUCAACGAAGGAAAAUUCUGUGUCUUGCAAACAGCAGUGCCACUUCUUCUGAAUGUCUGCAGUGACAGGCAGCUAGACAACAUACACCACAUCAGGUGGCAUUUAUAUAGCCUGAAUUCUGCAUUGGAUUUGAACAGAUGACCAUCGCGUGAAUACUGACAGUGUUUCAUAGCAGGUGAGCUCAUCUGGCCCUUUCUGAUACAGAGAAUCAUGCAUAUCACAGGAGCUGAAAGACUCAUCCUCAUUGGUGGUCUGCUGCAAGGUGUUCUGUGCCUCGACUUUGCAGCUCUGAUGCCUCAGAAUAUAAAGGCUCUGAGUGGAUCUUGUGUGAACAUUCCCUGCUCAUUUACACUGCAAUCUAGAUAUGAGUCGUUCCUCACAACUUCAUGUAAAGGAAUAUGGAGGAAAGGGUGGACAGGAGUACAGGUGUUUGAUUCUAGUCUCACAGGAACAGGCUUAAACACCAUUCAAGGGAAUCUAACUGGGAACAUGCAGCAGAAGGAAUGUACCACAAUCCUGAAUGACCUCACAUCUUAUCUCAAUGACUACUUUUCAUUCAGAAUUGAUUGUGACCAUGUUCUGAGAUAUAAUUUUCCAGAAUAUGUCACAAUUGAUGUAAAAGAAAAUCCAUCCAAACCCACUCUAAGUCCAGCAACAGUAAAUGUGAUGGAGGGGACCUCAGUGAGUCUGAUCUGCUCUGCUGCAGCCCCCUGUCCCUCACUCCCUCCAACUCUGACAUGGACCCCCACACUGAGUGACAGUGUGGAGGAUUUGCAGGUGACUCCGAAUCGAGUCAUAACUUCUCUCCUGAACUUUACCGCUUCACAUGUCCACCAUGGGGAGAAGAUCUCCUGCACUGCGCUGUACAAACGACAGGCUGGCAAGAGUGAUAAAUCAUCCAAAACUGAUCUGACAGUCGCUGUUCUUUACUCUCCCAAGAACACCUCAGUGUCAGUCAGUCCCUCUGGUUCAGUGGUAGAGGGCAGCUCUGUGACUCUGACUUGCAGCAGCAAUGCUAACCCAGCAGUGUGGCGCUACAACUGGUACAGAGUUAUUGGAGAGCAGGUUUCAACAGUGAGGGCUAGCAGAAUGCUAACUUUCCAUGUACCAGCAGAUUACAGUUAUUUCUACUGUGAAGCCAUCAAUGACCAUGGAACCAAGAACUCAUCUGUCAUUCAACUAAAUGGAAUGUACCCUCCCAAGAACACCUUACUGUCAGUCAGCCCCUCUAGUUCAGUGGUAGAGGGCAGCUCUGUGACCCUGACCUGCAACAGCAAUGCCAACCCUGCAGUGAAGAACUACACCUGGUACAGAGUCAAUGGGACUGAGGCUGUUCUCUUAGGAUCUGGAGAGAGCUUCACCUUAGAUAGUAAAGCAAGUGAUAGCGGGGAGUACGGCUGUGAAGCACUGCAUGCACUCGGUAAAGAAAAAGCCACAGUUGUUCAGCUGGAUAUUCAAUAUCCCCCCAAGAACACCUCAUUGUCAGUCAGUCCCUCUAGCUCAGUAGCAGAGGGCAGCUCUGUGACUCUGACUUGCAGCAGCAAUGCCAACCCAGCAGUGAAGAACUACACCUGGUACAGAGUUGAGGGAAGGGAGAAGAACAUUGUCGGGUCUGAAGAGGACCUCAACAUCUCCAGUGUGGCCAGGCUUUCAAAUGAACAGUACUACUGUGAGGCUCAGAAUGUCCAUGGACUGCAGACCUCUGAAGCCAUCAGUAUCGAUGUAACGUUUGCUUCAGAGAUCCUGAACACCUCUCACUGCAUCAGGAUUUCAGCUGCAUCUCAGAUCAGAUGUUUCUGUGAUAGCUAUGGGAACCCUGCUCCCACACUGGUGUGGCAACUGGCCGGAGAGUCUGUCAAUCACUCCACUAACACCAUCAUCAGGGAGGAGCCAAUGGGCCGAGCAGGCCUGAGGAGCUCCCUCACCAUCCACCAAUCACAGGAAGAGAAAAUACGGAGUCUAGUCUGCCUCAGCUCCAACUCUGUUGCUUUUAAUAGCUUCUCAUUUGACUUAACAUCAAUGAAAACAUCGGAAGGUUUCCAUCUUCCCUCUCUGUUGAUCGGGGCUGGUGUGGGGGCAGGAGUGAUGAUGCUCCUAUGCAUCCCACUGCUUCACUUCUGCAAGCAUAGAAGAGCCAGGCAGUCACCAAACAAAAGACAGAAGGACACAGCUGACUUCAUAGUGAUGGAUGAGACCCUCUUUCAGGAGGAGGACAAUGUCUAUGCCAAUAAAGCCAUGCUGGAUGAGGCCCUCGGGCCCAACAGGACAGUGGACAGGGAAAUCGAUGACACAGACCUCCUCCACUAUGCCAACUUGAACUUCUCCAAACUCCAGGCCAAGGUGGCCGAGCGGGGGGUGGGGGAGGGAGAGAUCAGGGGAGUCGCCUCCAAAACGACAGAGUACGCAGUGAUUCGCCUGCACUCCACAGGCAGUAUCGAGGGAGGGGCUGAGAAGAAGGAGGCCAUUCCUGCUCUGGAGCAGGGGGAGCACGCUGAAGACCAUGGAGCUAAAGUCUUGGAAGAAUCCCAGGCAGGGCACGAGAGUGACGAGGAAGAAGAAGUUGCAAAGGAUUCUGCGCUGCCAGAGCUACAGGGCAUGACUAAUUAUGCCCUCAGUGUCCAGGAGUAUACAGAGGCCCCACUGGGACAGUCUGAGCAGCACAACACAGCAGAAACUGCAGUGGACGAGGUGACACUGCUUUCUGCGCCGAAAGAUUCCUCUAAUGGUGAAGAGGAGGAAACAUAUGGGAACAUAUGUCGUGGUCAGGUUAUAUCUGAAGCAAAUUGUGGACAACCUGAGUUAGAUAGGAGGAAGAGUAGGAGAGUGUAAAGGCAUAGUAAGCUGAUGUAUAGAGGGAGUAAAGCUUAAAUGCAGAUAAGGUUGUGAAAAAUCACCCAUAAUGCACUGCAGAGACAUCCUCGUCACCUUCCAAACUAGAACCACUAUGUCCAACUUUUUUUAACACCAGUUAUUCUACAGUGUAUGUUCAUCAGUUGGAUUUUCAUCUCUAUAUAUAUACAAUAUAUACAAAAGUCCGUGGACACCCCUUCAAAUUAGUGGAUUCGGCUAUUUCGGCUUAAAAUUAAAUCCAAUAAGGAAAUACAUUAGAUUUUGUCCUGCUGAUCUACACAACCAACUCCACAUUUUCAAAGUGAAAGGACAAUUAUAUAUAUAUUGUUCCAAUUGAAUAAAACAAAAAAACAAAGAUGUCUUGAUUGCGUAUGUCUUCACACCCCAGAGGUAAUACUUGGUGGAAGCACCUUGGGCCACCAUUAUAGCUGUGAAUCAUUUUGAAUAAGGUUCUACUAACUUUGCACAACUCUUAGGCUAACACAUACCCAUUGUUUUUUGUCCAAAUAGCUCAAGCUCAGUGAAUUUGGUUCGGGAGUCAUUGAUGGACAGCAAUAUUCAAACAUUGUCUCUAAUUGUCAAGCAGAUUUAAGUCAGCACAAGCCACAGUACUUGAAAAUACAGAGGGUUUCACUCUGUGUUGUGUAGUUCUGGAUUUGGCCCGUGGUUUUUAAUUUAGGCCAGGAAAAUGUAUUGCCCGUGUUGUCUUGCAGUAUUACUUAACAGCCUUGUUGCCAACAGAACGUUUGAUUUGAAGUGGAUUGUUUUUAACACAGGCUUCCUUCCUCCUUUUCACUUUUCUAUAGAGGCUAGUAAUGUGGAGUGAAUGCAAUGUUGUUGAUCCCCCUGUUUGUGGUGGAAACAAUGUGUUAUUGGUGUGCUUGACCUCGGCAGGGAUUGGAGAGUUUGUCAGGAUCAUAAUACAUAUGAAAGGAGCAAAACCCAGAUUAACAAAGCCCAGAUUCAGUCUUCUGAAUACCAAACACUGGGAUAGAGUUGUAUUCUUCAGCGAGUCAAUUGCACACAUUUUAAUCUCAAAGACACACCAGAAUGGCUUUCCAAUAGCUGUUGACUGCUUCUGAAUGGUCCACUGUGGUUCAGUCAUGACUUAAAUCUGCAUGAAGAUUUGAGACAAGGGGCUGGACUCAAUCCGUAUCGCUGUAGUCAAAUCUAAUGAAAAUCAAAUCAAGAAGCUCAUUUUCAAGGUUUGAAUUUUGCUGUCCAUCAAUGACUCCCAAACAAAUUUACUGGGCUUGAGCAAUUUUGACAAAAACAAGGUGUAUAUGUUGCCCUAUGAGGUGUUCAAAGUUGGUAGAAUCUAAUUCAAAAUUAUUGACAGCUCUAAUGACUGCCAAAGGUGCUUCCAACAAGUAUUUACUCUGGGGUGUGAAGACAUACAUAAUUAAGACAGCUCUGUUAUUUUUUAUUUAUUUAUUAAUUUGGAAAAUGUUCUGUAUUUUUUUCGUUCACUUUUAAAAUGUAGAGUAAGUUCAAAAUCAAAUCAAAUCAAAUUUUAUUUGUCACAUACACAUGGUUAGCAGAUGUUAAUGCGAGUGUAGCGAAAUGCUUGUGCUUCUAGUUCCGACAAUGCAGUAAUAACCAACAAGUAAUCUAACUAACAAUUCCAAAACUACUGUCUUAUACACACAAGUGUAAGGGGAUAAAGAAUAUGUACAUAAAGAUAUAUGAAUGAGUGAUGGUACAGAGCAGCAUAGGCAAGAUACAGAAGAUGGUAUCGAGUACAGUAUAUACAUAUGAGAUGAGUAUGUAAACAAAGUGGCAUAGUUAAAGUGGCUAGUGAUACAUGUAUUGCAUAAAGAUGCAGUAGAUGAUAUAGAGUACAGUAUAUAUGUAUACAUAUGAGAUGAAUAAUGUAGGGUAUGUAAACAUUGCAUUAGGUAGCAUUGUUUAAAGUGGCUAGUGAUAUAUUUUACAUCAUUUCCCAUCAAUUCCCAUUAUUAAAGUGGCUGGAGUUGAGUCAGUGUGUUGGCAGCAGCCACUCAAUGUUAGUGGUGGCUGUUUAUCAGUCUGAUGGCCUUGAGAUAGAAGCUGUUUUUCAGUCUCUCGGUCCCAGCUUUGAUGCACCUGUACUGACCUCACCUUCUGGAUGAUAGCGGGGUGAACAGGCAGUGGCUCGGGUGGUUGUUGUCCUUGAUGAUCUUUAUGGCCUUCCUGUAACAUCGGGUGGUGUAGGUGUCCUGGAGGGCAGGUAGUUUGCCCCCGGUGAUGCGUUGUGCAGACCUCACUACCCUCUGGAGAGCCUUACGGUUGUGGGCGGAGUAGUUGCCGUAUCAGGCGGUGAUACAGCCCGCCAGGAUGCUCUCGAUUGUGCAUCUGUAGAAGUUUGUGAGUGCUUUUGGUGACAAGCCGAAUUUCUUCCGCCUCCUGAGGUUGAAGAUGCGCUGCUGCUCCUUCUUCACAAUGCUGUCUGUGUGUGUGGACCAAUUCAGUUUGUCUGUGAUGUGUAUGCCGAGGAACUUAAAACUUACUACCCUCUCCACUACUGUUCCAUCGAUGUGGAUAGGGGGGUGUUCCCUCUGCUGUUUCCUGAAGUCCACAAUCAUCUCCUUAGUUUUGUUGAUGUUGAGUGUGAGGUUAUUUUCCUGACACCACACUCCGAGGGCCCUCACCUCCUCCCUGUAGGCCGUCUCGUCAUCGUUGGUAAUCAAGCCUACCACUGUUGUGUCGUCCGCAAACUUGAUGAUUGAGUUGGAGGCGUGCGUGGCCACGCAGUCGUGGGUGAACAGGGAGUACAGGAGAGGGCUCAGAACGCACCCUUGUGGGGCCCCAGUGUUGAGGAUCAGCGGGGUGGAGAUGUUGUUGCCUACCCUCACCACCUGGGGGCGGCCCGUCAGGAAGUCCAGUACCCAGUUGCACAGGGCGGGGUCGAGACCCAGGGUCUCGUGCUUGAUGACGAGCCUGGAGGGCACUAUGGUGUUAAAUGCCGAGCUGUAGUCGAUGAACAGCAUUCUCACAUAGGUAUUCCUCUUGUCCAGAUGGGUUAGGGCAGUGUGCAGUGUGGUUGAGAUUGCAUCGUCUGUGGACCUAUUUGGGCGGUAAGCAAAUUGGAGUGGGUCUUAUGUCUUAUGUACAUCAGUAGGAAAACAAUCAAAUGUCAUACAUUUUUUAUUUACUUUUAAGGCAGCAAAAUGUGAAGACUGUGCAGGGGGGGGGAUGUACACUUUCACUGUGUAUGUUUUUUUAUUCUGACUUUUUAACUGUGUUUUUAUAGAUUAGUGUCGCUCCUUACAUACAUUUUCAAUUAAUGAAAUGUUCAUCUUGCAACAGUUAAGAGUGUAAUAUGUGUUUGUUUUUCAAAGUUUUGUUCCUCUUCUAUGAAUUUGUAACUUAUUGUUGCACAGAAAAUGCGUAUUUAUGAACUUGCAAAAUGUGUGUGAUGGUUAUGAAUCACUUCAACAUGUUUUUAUUGUUUUUAUUGUCUUUUUUAUUGAAAAUGUACAAUGUUUAAAGCUGAAUACAGGUGAAUACAGGUUACAAGCAGUCAGUAAUUUCAGCAUGAUUCAGUAACUAUGUAAAGUCAGUAAUAAUGCACAUUGCAAUGUUAAACAAAUAUGAAGACAUGGUGGCAGUUGCAUAGCAUAUACACAAUAGCACAUCCUGUAAUAUGGGAAAUUUCUAAACAGUGAAGCAUUUCUGUUUUGACAGCCUAGUAAGCACACAUUGCAUUGAUGUACCACACGAUGUUCAAACCCACUUUGAAUGACGUCAAUAAACUCUGUUUUCUGCCA